AUGGCUACCCCUAGUGUCCUCGCCUUUGACGCUGAGGGUCGGGCCAUUGACUUUGAGGUCUGGGUAGAGGACCUGCAGCUGUUCUUACAGUGCGAUAGAGCAGACAGCCUCUCUCUCUUUGACCUCACCUCUGGAGCUUCCCCUACCCCUGCUGCUGAUGCUGACGCCACUGUUCGCUCCCAGUCGGCCACGCGCGACGCUGCUGCACGUCUUGCUGUGCGUCGCCACCUCCCUACCUCCGAGCGUGCGCACUUUAGUCAGUACAAGAGUGCUCAGACCUUGUACGACGCUGUAGUCGCGCGCUACUCCUCCCCUGCCACUGCUGCACUGAGCCGUCUCAUGCUACCGUACCUCUUCCCUGACCUUGCUGCCUUUCCCACAGUAGCUAACCUCAUUACGCACCUCCGCACUAGUGACACUCGCUACCGCGCUGCACUUCUUGCUCACUUCUCCGCCAAGAACCCCCCCCCCAUGUACAUCACUCUCUACUACAUAGUCACUCGCCUCCCUGCCUCCCUUCGUGUAGUCAGUGACCACUUCCUCUCAGUCUGUCCCACCACUCUCACUGUUGACCUCCUCGAGAAGGCCCUCCUCGCGAUAGAGAAGAGCAUAGUCGCUGUAGGAGCCUCUCGAGGUGACCCGCGCACCCCCAUCUUUGAGGGGUGUUCCCCCUCCCCCCUUCUGCCCUCUGUUGCCUUUGCUGCUGCGGCCGACCUCCUUGGGGCGCUGGAGGAGCGAGCAGGGGCGGUGGAGGUGGAGGUGGCGGCGGUGGGGGGAGUGGGGGUGGCGGUGGGAGUGGAGGGGUCGGUGGCGGCAGUGGAGGCGGAGGCGGCGGCGCCGGUGGCGGUGGGAGCGGAGGUGGCGGAGGUGGCGGCAGUGGAGGAGGCGGCGGAGGCGGCGGCAGUAGCGGAGGCGGCGGAGGCGGCGGCGGUGGCGGUGGAGCUGGUCGCGGGUCUUCGCAGAGGAGUGGCUCCGGUGCGGGGUGGCUUUGGUCCGUGCACCUACGUCCUGCGCACCGGCGACCGUGCGGGUGAGCAGUGUGGGGGUGCGCACCCCACCCAGCGCUGCUUUGGCCGCCUGACGGACGUGUGGCGUCACCAGUUCCCCUUGGCCACAGAGAUCCCUCGCUGGGGCGAGCUGUCUAGCGCGGGUGUUGCCAUCUAUGAUCUUGACUUUGAUGCUAUUCUCUCUGCCAUGUAUGCUGUGUCUAUUAGUGAUGAGGGUGACUGUUACCGGUGUUUCCCGCCCGAUCCGGGCAUUGAGACUGCUGCUCUAGGUACUGGUGCGGCUGCUACCCUAGGUGCUUGCGACGCUGCUGCUCUAGGUGCUAGUGCGUCUGCGUCCUCAGGUACUGGUGAGUCUGCGCUCUCAGGUACUGUGAAGACAGUAGCUAGAACAAGGAGCCAUAGCUAG